CAAAGCCAAAAUGAAGCAGAUAGUCCUUCUGUUCUGUAUGUACUCAGCAUUCGCCAUCCUCCAGGUCGAUGCUGGGGGACUCAGCAAAGAGACGCUGGGAUUAAUUGGCGCCCUCAAUGCUCUGAACGGUGGUGUGGUGAACAGAAUGAACGGCGCCCUGAUGAACAUCCCUCCUCAGGUGCCACAGGUGCUGCCCGCCAUUCAGCCACUGGUCAUCCAGCAGCCUGGCAUUCCUGUGGGUCAGGUGGCUGUGCCCUUGGCUCCCGAGCUGGCCGUCCCAUUGGUGCAGCAGCCUGCGUUUGUGGGGUCUUUGCUGCAGCAGCCCAGCGGGGUCUUGUCUCAGCUUGGCAUCCAGCAGCCUGUGCCGGGUCAGCCUCUCUUCCUCCUCCUGUCUCAGCCCAACGUGGCAGCUGCCCAGCGCGCCGUGGUGCCCGCUCUCCAAGUGCAGGGGGCGAUAGUGGAUCCAAACUGCAACCAGCAGCAGGCGGCGGCCCAGGGAGCGGCUCAGGCUGCAGUGGCGCCCAUCAGGAGAGUGAAGCAUUCAGCCCCUGGGAAUGCCAAUCCCAUAAUACCCGCUGCCGGAGCACUUCAGGACUCCAUUCCUGGAAGAGCUCGUCAAGUAAUGUCACUGGCAGAACUCCUGGGGCUGCCACCAGCUCGUGCCACUGUGACACCAUCAGACAUUAAAGGGGGUGAGCCUGCCCCACUGGAUGCUUCGCCAACUGAACCAGCAGCGCCAGCUUCACCUUAAUGCCAACAGUAUCUGGUGCCUUAAAGGUGGUCUGUGGGCCUGACUGACUGACGGAAUUCAGACCUGAGCACCGAUAAACUCAUCUACAGUGUCUGAUACUUAACGUGUCUUAUGAUUUACAAGCUGAAAUUGGGACGAGAUUAUUAAGUCUACAGCCGGGGGGACACUGAUCACCUUUGGGACAUUCAGCCCUGUCUGCUCAGCUGCUUACCUUUGAUAGCACUAAGUGUGCUUACGGUGAAAGGCGCUAUAUUAGAAUUCUGCAUUAUAUCCUUAACACUGAAACUGAUGCUCCUUUUUGCUCUUUCCAUGGUGUGCCUCUUAAACUGGGAUGAAGGUGGGUGGGGGGGGCACACGAGGGGCCGCCCUUCUCUUUGCUGUAUCUGUGCCACUUCAAAAUAAAAGUCCUGGCAUUUCAUGA